GGAAUGGCGAGCGAAACAAAGAGCAAUGGAAGAUCAUCAGGUGGGUUCAGGGCUAGAAUGGAGCAUUAUCUGUACAGUGGUGACAAGAAACACGUCUUUGCCGGGAUUGCCAUCAUCACCGUCUUCUUCGGUGCACCCUGGUUCCUCAUGAGCAGAGGUUCGAAGCACCAAUCUCAUCAAGAUUACAUGGAGAAAGCUGAUAAAGCACGAAGAGAGAGGCUUUCUUCAAAAUGAUAAGGCUCCGAAAGACAUUCUUAGAAAACCAGUUUUGACAUAUAUUUGAUGGCAGAGAGUUUCUUUUCCCCUGAAAUAAUUUCAGCUGUACCCUUAGGUCCAUAUUACCGAUUGGGGGACUUCAUGUCUUGUACUGUUCUGUCAAAUGGUUUGAUUAAGAUUGUGUGUUUCUAGUUCUGUUGCAUUGCGGCCAAUUUUGAUGGAGAGCCGAGAAAAUCUUGCAUUGUAGGUUGCGAAAA